GAAGUUCUAGUCCCGUGCUCCAUGAUCUACGCGCUUUUGCUACUGCUAUGGUUGCCACUGUCAGCUGAUGCAGAAGAUCUCAUUGAAUCUCAGAAGUGCUUUUUUCGCUGCACCGCCAAAUGUUUAGGCUGGCCACAGAACAGCACGGUACAGGAAUGUCAGGCAGAUUGCAAGGAUCCGCAAUUUUGUAACACAACCGAUGAGUACUGCUUGGAUAGUUGCAAUACCUCCAUCUCGACGAUGCCCCUGGAACGCGUCAGUGGGCUUCAUACGGAGGAGCAGAAUUUGACGACGGUUGUUGUCUUUCCUCCUGUUAGGAACGCCACUCUUUACGUCGUGCAAUACAAACUGUCGGACGAAGCCAUUUUUUCUUCGCAGAGCUAUCUGAUCUCGCCUCAACCGACUUUCACAAACUCUAUGAGACCAAAGUCAAUAUUCUGCAAGCCCAUCGACAUUCGUGUGGCAGCAGUGUCCCCUUCUCAGACUGGGCCUUUUUCCGAACCCAUCUCACUCGGUCCACCUCGGCCGCUAAUUAGCUCGGAGUUGAAACUAUCAAAAAUGGUUUACCUGAAUACUUCUAUAAAUAGUGAUUCAGCUUACAAUGGCACUGUUGAAGUCACAUUGAAAUAUACUGCCGGCGCGUGGCCAUUAGGGCUCGAAGAUUUAGAUGUAACUCCAGCAUGGUAUCUAUUCAGUUGUAACAAAACAGGUUCUGAUACAAGCGUCCCUGUUCCUGAUUUUACGCAAGGUCCAAACCCGGAUACUAUAGUCGGUCGACUAGAGGCUGAUGUGAUGUAUCGAGAAUGUAGCUACAUGUACAAUGCGGAGAGGGUAGCAAGUCGGAAAUGUCGGACUGAGUCGGCAAAAAUGGUGCUAGAUAAAUCCGUGCCACCGUUGGAAAUAAGCUGCGCUACCGUAAAAAACAACCCUUGUGUGCAUGUAGAUUAUUUUCCGUCUCCAAGAUGCGGACAGAUUAACACUAUAGAUUAUGAGGUAACGGGUAGAAAACCAGCUCCCGAUAGGAGAAAUGAAAGUCUUUCCCUGAACAUUACAUUUGAUCCGAUAAAGCCAAUGAGGAACGAAGCGCCAACAAACUACUACGUAGCCUUCUAUGGAGAUGCGCAGCCGCACUCGAAAGGAAGAGAUGAUCUGUUCGGUAGUGUUAAUGUCACACGCAUUACUGGAAAUGUCACCAACUGCUUGAAGUUCGAUAAGCUUGGCUACUGUUUGAAAAGUUACAACAACAGCGUUUCAAUAUCCGGCAUCCAUUACGAUAAAACCUACGGUAUCAUUUUUUGUGCAGUUAAGGAUCCCAGAAAUCUGGCCUUUCCCGAGCUUAUCGGAAACAGCUCGGUGUUGCUUCCAAAAGCAAGCAAAAUCUUCGUCAGUUCAAAAGAAAAACCUAGCAAGGCUGGCCUGAUUAUCGGCAUAAUAGGCGCAGCUUUCAUUUUAGUGAUGAUUAUCACUGCCUUGAGCUGCUACAUUAACAAGAAGCAAAAACAAGAGAAUAAAAUGUACCAAUUGAGGUUAGCGCAGCUGGAGAUGGAGAAAGAAACUCGAUAUGUUAAUCUUCCCAAGCAACUCGAUAUUUGGGAAAUCGAGCGUCGUAAUCUGAUUAUUUAUGACGAAGUAAAGCUAGGGUCUGGUGCUUUUGGAGCAGUGUAUCUAGGAAGACUAAUUGGUAAUUCUCCAGCGAAUCAUGAUUCCAAGUCGCCUCUAGGGGUAAAUCUGAUGAGAGCGGAGAAUUGUCAGGUAGCAGUCAAAAUGUUACCAGAGUAUGCUGAUGACGCGACAAGAAGCGAGUUUUUGAGAGAAAUCGGGUUAAUGAAGACCAUUGGAUAUCACGAACGGCUAGUCAACAUGCUGGCGUGCAUCACUGAGUCGGAACCGCUAUGCCUUGUCGCCGAACUUUGUAGCGAUGGCGAUUUGUUGAACUUUCUUCGCGAGCGCUGCAAAUACAUGAUUAAGCUCGACAUGGAAGGAAUAAAUUAUCACGAUCUUCCUGAGGAUAACAACUACAACAUUGAAAUGGUUGUAACUUUGAAGCAAUUGCUGAUGUUUGCCGUUCAGAUUUCUUACGGUCUCGAGUACCUUACUAGUAAAGGAUUUGUCCAUCGUGACGUUGCAGCUAGAAAUAUACUCGUUAAUGGGAAAAACUCUUGCAAAAUUGGCGACUUCGGUCUUUGUCGGAAUUUGUAUGCGGACAGUCUACUAUAUAAAAGCAAGGGUGGCCGUUUACCUUUAAAAUGGAUGUCGCCAGAAGCAAUCCGGCGUUAUGAGUUCUCUGCACAAAGUGAUGUAUGGGCAUUCGGUGUACUGCUCUUCGAAAUAAUCACACUCGGUGGUUCUCCCUAUCCAUUAAUACCUGCUGAAUGUUUGCUUGAAUUUCUUGAGAGCGGAGGACGUAUUGAGCGGCCUGACAACUGCCCAGAAGACUUUUAUGAAGUGAUGCUUGAAUGUUGGUACUUCGAACCGGAGAAACGACCAGACUUCUUAACAAUCCGCCAAAGAUUGGCGGCUCAGCUUGAGGAAAUUACCGAAGAGUAUAAUUAUCUAAAAUUGGACGGUCAGAAAGAGUACUAUAAUGUGCAGUAUGCGGAAAAGCCGGAUAUAAUGGUCAUUCCUGAAACGGGAGAAAGUAUCUCACCACCAAACUUGCGGAAAGCACUGGAUACGUUGUCCGCAGACAGCUUGCCUGUUGAUGACAUCACCACGUGGAGUGGAGUUACGAAUGCUCAAACAGGUGACGGCACCAGGGAGGGAGACUCCGGUGCUGUUAGCCUUGCAAAGGGUUCUGACAGUGAUUCAUGCAAAGAUUAUUCCUUUUAAAUGCUGUGACAAUGACAUGCAUAGGAUAUCUCUAAAAAAUACUCAAUGUCUGAUUCUUGACUUCUUAGCUCAAUGUUUGUACAGGCUUUAAGUAACUAGCUUUGGCUUAAACGUGAUUGAACAAAUUCAUUCGGC